CAACCCGCGAGACUUUGGUGGGCGUGGACUCAGAGGCGAGGAAGGGCUUCCUGCUCGGCUGAACACGUGGUUCCGUGUCUGCCUCCCCGCUCGUCUGUCAGAGUGUGAAGGUUUCCAGCCCUUCUCUCACUCCUCUCCUCUCUUUAUCCUCCUCCACUCACCACAGCAGACCUUCUCCUCUCUUCACUCCGUCCCACUCGCACCUCCACACCUCCACCUCCUCGCGACACUUUCCUUCUUCUUCUUUGCGACGGAUCCCGGGACUGCCGACAGCCAGGCCGCGGUCACUUCAACGUGUAUCCGCUCAGAGAGACAGAGAGAGAGAGAGAGAGAGUGAGGGAGGGAGGGAGUGUGUAUGUAUGUGUGUGUGUGUGUGUGUGUGUGUGAGUGUGUGUGCGUGUGCGCGCACCCGCCCGCAACCGGUCCAUCCGUGUUAUUUCUCCCGCUAUCCCGCCUCGUUGUACGGUCAUGACGCUGGAAGCGAUCCGCUACCGGGCCGGGUCUCUGCAGAUCCUCAACCAGCUGCUGCUGCCACACCAGACCGUGUACGAUGAGAUCCGCUCGGUUCAGGACGCUUACGAGGCCAUCAAGUCCAUGAAGGUGCGAGGCGCCCCUGCCAUCGCCAUCGUCGGCUGCCUCAGCCUGGCCGUGGAGUUGCGGGCAGGCGCCGGGGGCGAUGACCCUGUGACCUUCAUCAGGGAGUCUCUGUGUCACCUGACCUCAGCCCGGCCCACCGCCGUCAACAUGGGCCGAGCCGCCCGCGAGCUGAUGGAGUUUGCUGAGAACGAGAGCAUGGAGAAGAACUCGGAGCAGCUCAGAGAAAGUGUAAUUGCCUGGAUCGAAGACAUGCUGGAGCGUGACGUCAAUGACAACAGGAAGAUUGGUAACUAUGGCGCCCAGCACAUCCUGUCUGGCGUCCCGCGGGACUCUGUGACCAUUCUCACACACUGCAACACCGGCUCGCUGGCCACAGCUGGAUACGGGACCGCACUCGGUGUGGUGCGAAGCCUCCACGCACUGGGCAGGCUGAAGCGCGUGUACUGCACGGAGACGAGGCCGUACAACCAGGGAUCCAGACUGACAGCGUAUGAGGCCGUAGCAGAGGGAAUCCCUGCUACACUUAUUACAGACAGCAUGGCCGCCCUCACCAUGAGAGAAAUGGACAUCACAGCUGUGGUGGUGGGUGCGGACAGGGUGGUUGCCAACGGUGAUACAGCCAACAAGGUGGGCACGUAUCAGCUGGCCAUCGCCGCAAAGCACCAUGGGAUUCCCUUCUAUGUGGCUGCACCCAGCACGUCGUGCGACCUGAGCCUGGAGAGCGGCAGGGACAUCAUCAUUGAAGUGCGCCCCCCUGAGGAACUCACCAGUAUAAAUGGCGUCCCCAUUGCUGCCCCAGGUAUCGAGGUGUGGAACCCAGCGUUCGACGUAACCCCUCACCAGCUUAUCACGGGAGGCAUCAUCACAGAGCUGGGGGUCUUCCUCCCCUCCGAGCUCCAGGCGGCCCUCACCGGCCGCCUCACUGCCCUCUAGAGCUCACUCAGCCACGUCUGCUGGUCCGUGUGCGCCACUGCACCUUAACGUCACACACUCAAAGACACUCAUCUCAUUACAGAACACAUAGUUGUGGUUGAAUUUACUUUUGAUCCACGCACAGUCACUGUUACAUGUCAGUGGUGCACACAGAAGAAGGCCUGUUCUUCAGUCUUUCACUCACCCUCACACAAAAAGUCACUGGUGGGAGUCAAGCAGACACACGUGUGCAGUCUCCCUCCUCUUUUUACGUCCCUCAUCGUUUUUCUGUGGUCUUCCGAUUCCGCCUUUUCCCCAAGUUUUCCAUUCCGUCUUUCAUUCUCUCUUGCCGCCUCUUUCUCUCUCUAAAUGGCUUCAGACAAGGAAUAGGGCUCAGCUGGACUCAAUCCCAUAAAUUCUAUUUGGCGAAACAAUUUCUAUGAGUCGUCACUGAGGUAAUCAUUCAGGGCAAACCAAAAAAAAAACCCUCCACAAAUUCUAAGUGGCAUAACUGAUUUUCUUUUUAAUUUCAAGUAGUGGUUUCUAUCAGCCAUUUCUAUAAUGCUGCUACCCACUUGUAAAUAACCAUAUCCUUGCUGGUAGUGUGUACAUAUGUAGAAAACUAACCCCUGCUAGUAAAAGGUACUGCUAUUUUAACCAAAUGUGUGGUUAUUAAAAAUUAAUGUUGACAUCGAAAAUGUUAUAUUAACAUUUAAUUUCUUUGAUUCUGUGUAGAAACCUUUUGUAGAGGAAUAAUCCAAAUUUAUAUCUCAUGGAUUUUCACAACGCAAAAUUUUUAGUGUUAUAAUAAAUUGCAUUUCACUCUCACUUUUUACCCUGUGCGGCCAAAUUUUGAACAAGUGGAAUCUCUUGAUCGGUCCUCGUUAGUCAGCUGAAGCCUAUGAAAAUAUACGGCUGUAUUUAUACCUCAUUCCUAGUUUGCAUCUUGCUAUUCCCAGUUGUACUGUAUCAUACCACAUGUGUAUUCUCAUAAUGUACUUAUAUAUAUGUAACCAUACUUAUUCCAGCACCAUACAAAUAUUCACCUUACUGCACUGGACGCUCUGUAAGAAUGAAAAAUCUUUAAAAAAAAAAAAAAAGAAGAAGAAGAAAAAAGGGAAAUUGUGUCACUUUGCCAUCGCAGCUUUUGCUGUGAGCUCAGAGGUCGGUCAUGACGUUGUGUUUCUGUAAUACAGGCAUCACAAUUAAAGGCAUAGUUCACCCCAAAAUGAAGGUUUGGUCAUCUGCUCACUUGCAUGUCAGUGGAGACUUAACUAUGUUUGUGCAACCACGAAAUACGCAAGUAGCUUCUUCUUGUUCAGUCACUCUUACGCCAAACAAGUUUUGAAUACAUUUUGAAUAACAGUAAUUAUCCUUUACAUUAUCUUAUAAAUUAAUAUCAUAUUUCGUAAAGUUUGCCACUGAAGGGUGUGUUGAACUAGAGCAGAAUAAGAACAAUACAAGAGAAGCUGAAUAUGCAAAAAUCAAUAUUUUUAUAUCAAUAAGGAAAACAGACUACACGUAAUGUGAAAGUUGCUGCUCAAAGCAUCACAUUUAUCACUCAGCUCUUCAGUUUCAGCCUUACAGAGCCUUUUUGUAACUUUACUGUUUUGAUGUACUUUCACUACUCUCAUCGUUCUCUUUUUGUAGGCAUAAAACUCAGCUUUUUUCAGUGAAAAAGCUAUGGUACUCCCACUGUGCACUACCUGCUGAGCGUCAGACUGCACACAGACACAAUUCGCGACGAGCUUGUGGAGCAUUUAGUCGCUAAAGAGCCAGAUAUUUCCCUCAGGAGCUGGAGGAGACCAAAAGAGAGCAGAUAGAGAGUAAAUGUUGGACUAAAAUCUGUUAUGUUGACCCAAACAUGACUCCAAGUUAACGAUUCUUUAGCUCUGUGCCCCCUAGAUGUGUAGACAAUCAACUGUGGAACAACUUUUGUAAGGUGGUAAUAAGUCAGUGUUGUGUUUACAGCUAUUUGCGCUGCCGUCAGGGGAGCCAAAAGUAUAAACUGCUGCAGGUUUAAUGAUCCGCAGUGUUGAUAUGAAGUGGCCGUUUGAGUGUUUAGGGAAACAAAGCAGUUUAUUUUAUUUCACUUGAUUUUCCCGUUAAUCCGAAGUCUGAGGCAUUCACACAAAAAAAUGGAUGUGAGCAGUAGCUGACUUUCUGUCUUUAUUUUGGGGUCAACUUUUUCUUUAAGAUUGCAGGGUCAUUUCCACACUACAGUAUCUGUCUGCAGAAAGCUCUGCAACACAAACUAUCAGAAUGUAAAACUCAACGCAGAUCAACUUGCUUUUGUUUGGAGCUGUGGUCAGGACAGACUUCAGACACUCAGUCACUGGAGUGUGUCUCCUCUGGAACCAGAACAGGAUUGUAGAGCAGACAUUUUUGCAUUCAGUUUUCAGAAGCUGAGGAUACAGGAUGGGGAAAAAAAACAACUUCAUUUUGGAGACUAUCUGAUUCAUCUAGUUGUGAAACAAUUAGUCAGUUAAAUUUAAAAGAAGCAAUCAGUAACUACUUUGAUAACAUAUUAACGGUUUACAACAUUUCUAAGCAAAGAUGGCAAACAUUUAUUGCUCGCAGUUUCAAAAAUGUCAAUAUUUUCUAUUCUCCGUUUCAUAUGUAAAUAUCUUUGGGGUUUGGACUGUUGAUCAGACCAAAUUGGAAGGGGUCACCUUGAGCUCUGGGAAACAGUGAACAUUCUUUGCUGUUUUCUGAUCAAAUAUCCCCAAAAAGACUGAAAGUGAAUCGAUAAUGAAAAUAAUAAUUGAAGGUGCAAUUUGUAAGAAUUGGCCAUCUGUUGAAUUCAUAUUCCAAACAAAUAGGGGGCAGCAUAUCAGACCAGCUGCUAACUUUAGCUAACAUUAGUUAGUAAGUUCAGUUAACUGCAGCUAGCAUAGCUGGUUAGCAUGCUAACAAUACUAUAAACUAUACUAUAUUUGUGCAACACGAAAUCUUUGGCCUACGUCAGUUCUGGUGUAUCUUCACAUUCUGACUUUUAAAACCUGACACUGACUUAGUAUUUACACAUGAUCAGUACACUGUAAUUGAUUGCUUACAUGCAGAUUGAAGUCAUGUUGAAUAUCCAAAGCCACUCUCAGGUUGUUGUUUUUUUUGUGUGUGUGAAAGGUGUGUUGCUGAGUUUCUGCAGUUCUGUCACCUGGCCAGUGAUCCAACAAUGUGUUUGUUGUUUUAAGCGGCACCAUAGAAAAGUCCCAGAUAGUGUCAAGCUGAAUGGGACACACCCUCUCGCUGUACUGAAUGUCUCGGGGCCCACACUGCUCACUGCCUUACAGGUGCAGCACCAAUACAGCUCACUGAUCAUAACCAGAGAGACAGCAGCUUGGUCCAUCCUUCACCCUGGUUUAUAUCGUGCUGCCAGACCGUCACCUUGUCAAGCUAACAGGAGAAAAUCUAAAAAAAAAAAGCUAAUGAUUAUCAGAAACCAGGAAAACCAGGACUUUUUGUGUCUGAAUGUCUCCGUCAGCUUGAUGAGACGAAGGUGUGGCCACACGAUAUACUACUCUACCGUCUUAACACCCCUUCUGACCUCGCACAAUCCCCUUAUGGACUUUAUCAUUCAGUUAAUUUCGUUAAUAAAUAAACAAUUAUACUCAGGACCACUCAGUGGUCUGGAGAAAACAUAAUUUAAAAACAAAAGCUUAAUAUCCAUAACAAUGAUAAUUGCAGUAUCCAUAGUGUCCAUAUUUUGCUGUAAUAUAAGCUCACUUCUUUCUUCACUCACAUCUUCCUCCUCUUCUCUUGUCCUUCCUUCACCCAUCAAACCUCAACUCACAAAGAUGCUGGUAGGUCACACACGAGCUUAAAAGACACUUGUGUAUUUGAAUUUUCUUUCUUUUUGUUUUGUACAGUUCAAGACACGUGUUUGGGGGCAAAUUUAGACAGUGUUCCAGACAUAUGUAGCAAUUUCGUGGCCGUCAGACCCGCCACGUAUUAUUUCUUUCUAAAUCUUUAAGAGGUACGAGAUUUUUGUUUGUCCGUACAUCAUGGUUAUAGCUGUUUGGCUGUGGUUUGUUGUUUUUAUUUCAUGGCAUUGUGAUUCCUAGUGACUAGGCCAUUAGUACACCACACUGGGGAGGCCUCCUCAACCAUACACACUACCUCUCCGUCUGCUUACACGGACCCGAACACUAGAUUGCAUGAACACAAGCACUCAACGUGCUACGGUGCAGCAGAGCAGAUUGACAGUUUGCAGGAAUAUAAAUCUGGACUAAAAUUCUCCACACCUCAAUGAUGUUUGUAGCUUGAACCCAUAGUGACAAAUCAUUUGUGGCGGUGCUUUUUGUUUGCCAAAGUAGCCUCGAUUCAGGCAAGUGUUUUAUGUUGGGCUGCAGAUGAAUUGUUUCUGCGUCACACUGUUUUGUUUUGUUUUUUUACACCAUGCUUCUGAAGCAGCAGCAAUGUAGUAUUGUGUUUAAAAAUGUUUUCCACCAACCUCGCCUCAAGGCUGCCCAACACACGCCGAAUA